CGAUAAUUAAUAUAUAAAUAUUAUGAGCCUGUCGUAUCCGGAACUUGAGCAGAGAAUUCUUGAAAUAAAGAAAAAAAUAUGUAAACCAAACUGUAAGAAAUGUAAAAGAGCAUUACAUGAAAGCAUUGAAAUCAAAUCUAAAAUAUUUAAUUCAAGUAAAAAGAGACAUUUGGGAUCUGGAGAUGAAUCUAACAAAUACUAUGAUGCAAUAGAAUACACAUCUGAUUCGUUGCCAUAUAAAUAUCGCAAAAUAACCUCAGAUAAUGGGACGGUAACUAAAAUUUCAAUUGAUAUAUAUAAACAAAAAUCACCUCUAGAACAAGAAACUUCAAACACACUUAAAAAGAGGAAAUCUGAUCGUUCGUAUUCUAAAAAAGUAGAUGAAAACAAACAAAGUUCAAAAAGAACUUUAGAAGAUUAUAAUAUAACUCAACCAGAGUAUCCGGAAGAAGAAGUAACACUUGAUAAAAAAUAUGAAAAUUUUGUAAAGAAAAUAGAUCUUGCAACUCUAACACACCUUAUAGGCUCUGGUUCAGAAGAACCUAAAAGUCCUGUUAGGAUCAGUGAACCACUAUUCACUAUACCAACAACUUCAGAAACUGUUAAACCACUAGAACAGACUUUAACACACCAACCAGUUGAUACAGCUGAUGCUCUGACUCAUAAAAUUCCUGAACCUAUUCAAAAGGAUAUUGAAAAACCACAAGAUAAAGUCGUCGAACCUUCCCUUACAAUUGAACAAGAUGAUAAACCCAGAGUCUUAUUUACUUCUGAAUCCAAGACCUCAGUGGAUGAUAAAAGCCCAUUUGACAUUCUACAUAAAAUAAACGCACCGAUACCUAAGGGUAAUCCCCUGUUCGCUCCUACACAACAGGAUUCAAAUUUAUUUAAGCCGAAAACUGACGGAGCAAAUUUCGUUUUUGGUCAGUCACAGCCCUCAGUUAAGAAACCUCCUGAACCAGCAAAUAUAUUUGCAAAUCAGCAACAACAAAUGCAACAGAACCAACUUAUGAAUCCUCAACUUGUCAUUCCAGGAUUCGGUCAAAAUAUAUUACCUCAAAAUAAUGGUUCCAACCCCUUUACUACAGGCCAAUUUUUUAGAAGCAGAAGAGGUCGAGGCAGAGGCAGAGGAAGAAUCUUGUAAAUUUAUUAAUUUUUUACACUUUUC